AUGAGUGUUUUAAAAGAAAGUUUCGGUUCGGAAAUCAAAAGACUUGCGUCGGAACGUAAGAGACGGAGGGAAGCAAAUGAGAUUCUUAUAGCAGAGGAAUAUGUGGAAAAGGAUAAGACGGAAUGUGGAUAUCCCUGUGUGGGAAAUGUGAAUGAUAUCGGGCGCGGGAGACCGGAAGAGGCUGUGAGAAGAUUGAGGGAAUAUGCCGAGUUGAGGAAUAGGAUAAUGUUAAAAUUAGAGGAAGCACUGAUCGAAGCGAGAGAAGUGAUAAGGAGGGAAGUAAAACCGAAACCGAUAAAU